CCUGAAAGGACACCUUAUCCUGUCAUAGUAAUGGCGGCUGAACUGCGAAUGGUACUUUACGAAGAUGAUUCGGUGCAAGUACAGUAUGUUGAUGGUUCCAAAUUGCAGCUUUCUCCCUGUGGCUCUGAAUUUUUAUUUGAAAAGUCACCUCCUGCUUCAGCACAUCCUUUAGAACAAUCAGAAAGAAUUCGUCAAAGGACACACUUUGUUAUUAGCACUUACCGAGACCAACUACAGCGAGCCCUAGAUUUUCGAAACUCUUCAGCUACCUGCCCUUUUUUAUCUGAAAGCAUCAUACCUUCCGAAAGAAAAAAGCGUGUCUUCAUUGACAUCUCAGAAGUGAAAUGGCCCAGUCUUGACACAGAUGAUAGCAAGAUGUGUAUGGAGAAUGGCAAUGUGAAGAUAACAUCUGUAGAUGGUCACGCAUAUCUUUGCCUGCCCAAAUCUCAGCAUGAAUUUACAGUACAUUUUUUGUGUAAAGUUAGCCAGAAGCCAGACUCAUCCACAAUAUUGUCAGAAAAAAAUAAUCAAGUCCCAAAAGAUAAACUAGUUGAAAAAGCUGGCAAAAUCUGUACAUGUGAAAGUUUACAAGGACAGAGACGGAAGAAUAAAGAAAGUGAACUUUACUGCCAGAUCAUGAAAUCCAAAGAACCUUUAGAGAAGACAAGUUGUAUAAAUGGAACUGAAGGCAGGAAGGAGCUGCCUUCAGCUGGUACAAGACACACAUGUGUAUACACAUGGGUAAGGCAGCGCUGGUCUGUGGCCUCCUGUCCAGAGGAAUGGAAAUACCCUUUGUCUUUAGCACUUUAUUUUUAUAAUAAAAUUAGCGAUACGUCUAAAAUUGAUGCACAUAUCACCCAGAGUAGAACUUUAACUUCUCGUGUUUCAGAGGAAAGAGGAAAAGAGGUGUCUGUUCUUCCCAGGGCCCUAUUACUCAGCUGUCCUGUCCCACACCUGCACAGGUGGAAUUUUUGUGACUCACUUUUACAGAGACAGUCUGAUGAGGAAGAAUAUUCCUAUCCUGAACUGGUGAAAGUGGUUUGGUAUAAGGGUGUUACAUUUAGACUUACCCAUAAAAAUGUGAACUCAAUAGAGAUUUAUCCUGGAGAUGGAUCUAUUUUCAAAUCAGAAGGAGCUUAUUUUGGAAACUAUUUUACAUGUUAUUCCAAUCAAGGAAGAUCAGAAGAGAGAGAAGAAAAAACUUAUUCAGUAAAAAACCUUCCUCCAGAUAGACCAGGAAAUCUGUUCUCUGUGUGUUCUCUAAUUAAGCAGGCAACCAGAAUUCUUCAACAUUGUGCUAAGGUGAGGCUUUCUUUAAGCCAUAACUAUCGUAUAUGCUGCUGGAAAAUGGUACCUAGGAUAAAUGAUAGCAAUAUACUGCCUUUUCUUUUGAAAGAAUCACUCAUACCCAGCGUGGGAAGAUUUCUUGUCUACUCUGAUGACAAAGUACAUGCUAUCUUUUUAGAUGGCAUUACGCUAACCCUAAAUUGGAAUUUCAGCUCUUCUACUGAAAACAGACAGGUAAAUCAAAGUCUCAACUUAGGUUGGUGUAAGUUAACUUUUCCUGAUGGACAAGAUCAGUUAAUUCAAAUUGAACACCCUGGACCAUAUGAAAGAUAUGUGACAACAGUAACAUCAUGGUGCAGAAGACUGACCCAGGCUAGUCCAAGACAGAUGCUCACACAUCCUUCAUCUUGUGUUCUCGAAGAAAACUGGUCUGUUGCUUCUGAACUUGAAAAGAUACAGAAGUUCAACUUGCUACUGGAGAACAGUGGUAUUCUAAACCAGAUUUCUAAGAAAAACGAACAGUUUUCUGAUCAUUAUGAACCAAGAUCUUCAGAAAUCUUGCUAGAAGAAGAUAAUGAAAAGAGAGUAUCAGUAGCACUGAAAAAAACCUCUGAAAUCCUUCAGGAUAUUGACUGUCUUCUAUCAAACUCUAAAAAGUGAACAUGGAAUCGUUACAAUAUAUUAUUAUUAUUUUUUUGUGUGUGUGACGGGUAAGGGGAUCGCAACCCUUGGCGUGGUGUCGUCCGCACUGCGCAAUAUAUUAUUAAAUUUUAAGGAUGUUGU